CUCGAGAUCUCACUUUGCGAGGGCUAUCUUCGACGUCUCAGCGUUCUCAUCUUCCUUCCGUUACGCGCAUUCCCGUCACCCAAUCAUUCAGUCUCUUGUCAAUGACCCAAGAUGGCGACAAAAUCGAGCAGUUUAAACAAAGGAAAACAGUACGAUGAAGUCGUGGUUAUCGUGCUUCUAAUGGCUCUGAAGUCAUCUGGCGGCACCGCUAGCUCUUGGUACCAAGAUAUGGCGGCGCUAGAUGGCACGCGCACAGUGUCUAGCUUGGAGCACAGCCUUCGUGCCGCCAACAAGCUAGCUGGUGAACUGCUCGACAGGAAGAGGAAAGGUGAGGCCUUCGAGCCCGCACUCAUCGGCCGACCAUCUGUAACCUCUGAGCUCGCGGCUGUAGCAAAAAAGCGAAAGCGGGUUGUUACUGGCGCUUCUCAUAACGCGAACAAGGGUCAAUGGAGCAAGGCCAACAAUGCAGUACACUCGGCUGAGAAGGGCUAUUCUCAGAUUCAAAUCAAAUCGGAGGAUGACGAGUACAUUUGAGUCACACAUAAAUGUAGGCCUUUGGAAUCUGUGACUGCUCACCGAUCAAGAUGACGGAGAGGUGAUUCGUCUUUUCGUUAAAUGUCGUGGCCGGUGAAAUCAACCAGUCCACUGGCUAGACGGCACGAACAAAGACCAAGGGGAAGGGGAAGGUAGUAUCGAAGCAUAAGAAUGGCUCCGGAAGGCAAAACGAUAGCGUCUUUUUGCGACUUGAGUCUUAUGCUAGAAUGCAGAGCAUGAGUCAGGGUGGAGUGGUGUUGAGGAAGCUUUCACGAUUGCACCAUCUUAAUGCGUCCCUCGAGCCGUGGUGCUAUUGCCUACAUGACUG